AUGGCGGCGGCGGCGGCGGGGCGGGCGCGGCGGGGCGCCCGGCUGAGCGCGGCGGCGCUGCUGGCGCUGCUGGCCCUGGCGCUGCUGGCGCUGCUGGCGCUGACGGCUCGCCGCCGCGGCGGUGGCGGCGGCGAGGGGCAGCCGGGCGCCCCGCCGCCGCCGCUGCUGCCGCUGCCGCCGGGCUUGCGGGAGGAGCUGCGGCAGCGGCGGCGCGACCUGCGGCGCCUGGCGGCGGCGGCGGGCGGCGGCGGGGAGGCGGCGGCGGGCGGGCUGGGCUGCGGCGACCUGAGCCUGGCGACGGGCGUCAGCGUGCUGGGCUGGGGCUUCACCAAGGUGGUGGCGCGGGCGGCGCUGGCGGGCGGCGGCGCCGUCGCCCUCAAGUCGGUGCACGGGGCGGGCCGGGAGGUGCGGCAGUGCGUGCAGCGGUACGGGGCGCCGGCGGGCUGCCGCCGCCUGGCCGCCUACAAGCUGCUGAAGGAGGUGACGCUGCUGCAGCGCCUGCAGCAUCCCGGCAUCGUCCAGCUGCACGGUCAAUGCUAUGAUAGCAGCGGCGAUCCUGAAAUACGGGUCACAGCUAUGCUGGAGCUGGGAUCCCCCCUGGAGAUGAUUCAGCUUCUGCAGACCCCCUGGGAGGAGAGAUUUAAAAUUUGCCUGAGUCUUGUGAAACUGCUGUUUUACUUGGCACAUUCCCCCCUGGGUUCAAUAGUCCUCUUGGAUUUCCAGCCGAGGCAGUUUGUUAUGGUGGAUGGAAACCUAAAAGUGACAGACAUGGAUGAUGCCAGCACUGAGGAACUGUCAUGCAAGGAAGAUAAUGACUGCACACUCGACUUCCCUACAAAAAGCUUUCCUCUCAAAUGCUCCGCAGUUGGGAAAUGUGAAGGAAUAAAUGAAAAGAAGAAUCUUUUUAAUGCCUAUCGGUAUUUUUUCACCUAUCUUUUGCCACACUCUGCACCACCGGCUUUGCAACCCUUUUUGAGCGAUAUUCUGAAUGCAACAGGUGAUUUACGAUACGGAAUAAAUGCAACCCUGAAAGCUUUUGAAAAGGUUUUACAUCUGUACAAGUCUGGGCUCUAUCUGCAGAAAAGACCUCUUCUUUUAAAAGACUACAUCUCCCUAAAGGGCUUCCGAACGGUGGAAGGAGAAGACUACAAGUGCUGGCCCUCCUACAGCCACCUGGGAUGCCUGCUCUCCGUUCACAGCGCUGAGGAAGCCGCCGCAAUUUGUAACGCCCAGUCGCAGUGUCAAAGUUUUAUCAUCACCCAGCGGCGGACGUGGACAGGACGCCCACUCGCCUCAUUUCAGAGUAGCCUGACUGAUUUGAUACCGGAUGCUAACGCUGUAGUCUAUAUUAAACGAUCGGCUUCCUCAGGGGAAAGACUUUAA